AUGGUCAGCAGUGAAUGGCGAUGGCCGCACGGUGGCCGCGAAUAGAUCCCGAAGCAUGGACGAGUCGCAUUCUUGGGGAUGGAGUUGGGAGUUUCAAUGUGGGAGAUCUCACCCAGACACUGGCGUCGUCUCCACCUGUAUCGACUGACUCCACAGUUUUUUUUGCGGCAUGAACUCAUCACCGACCAAGUAGACCAUAUUCCACGAGGCGUUUCGCAGUAUGUACCUUACAAAGAAAGGAAGUUAUACCUAGAUCAAGACGUAGCCCCUGACUCCCUCCCACCCCAGCCCAUCAACGGAGCAGGUAUACAGGCAAAGCACACGCACUUAUUAUUGCCCGUGCCUGCAUUACGCCCCCUGCUGUGGCCGGCUUAUCACACCUCCGAUCUCAACACAGGAUGCGUGCUUUCGCUCUCGAAGUGCGGCCGUGCAUCCACAAAUCAGUGCUCAAUGCGAGCUCGCGCGUGCACGUGCGGCGCGCACACCCUGAUCGGUGCUCCCGGUGUGCGCGCGUUGGUUUUCCCUCCCUCUCACCACCCAUUAGUGUCUCGCAUCGUUUCUCUCGUCGUGCUGCUGGUGCUAUCAGCGUUCUGCAAUCGCUAG